AUGAGCGACCCUCCUCCUCAUUCAGCACCGAGCGGCUCCAACGCUCCUCCGCCAGAGCCCAUCCACCAGGCCCAGCUCGACGCCGCCGCUCCCGCCCCGAGCUCUGCCACCGCACCCACCGUCGCCGCCGCAUCCGCCAAGACGCCCAACCUCGUUCGCCAACUCGGCCAGCUUGACGUCGACGACCUCUCGGCCGGGCCUCCCUCGACCGCCAUCGGCGCACCUCUACCAGCCCAAGCCUCGCCCGACCGCGACGGCGGCGGACCGCCGUCGUCCAAGCGUCGCAGGAGCAGCGCGACGCCGUCCCUCGACCCCGUCGCGAGUACGUCGAGGUCGUCGCCGAGCGCCGCCUCUCGCGCCGUGCGAGACGCCCCUCCUGCGUCGGCGGGCACGCUCGCCGGAAGCGUGCCCGAGCGUCAUCCGCAGCAGUGGCAGGAGCAGAAUGGCGGGACCGGCGGCGCCGAGCAGCGACACCUCUCGCCCGUGCCGGCCGCGACGACUGCGACGAGGGGCAAGAGCCCGUCGCCCGCCCUCAGUGCCCUGUCGCUCCCGUCCUUCCCCGUCCUCCCUCCUUCAGCCCCGACCGCCGACCAGACGUUCCAGACGCCGUCCCAGGUGUCGUCCAUCCUGUCGCUCCCGCCGCCGCUCCUCCUCCAGCUCGCGCGCACGGGCACGCUACAGGAGCAGAGCGCCAUCGCCGAGGCCAAGGGCGUCAAGGGCUACCUCAGCUCGAUGGCCAUCCCGCCGCCGAGCCCGACGACGCUCGUCAACACGAUCGCGCGCGAGGGCCUCGCGGCGACGACGCUCGGCGGCGCGUCGGCAGCGUCGGUGGCGUCGGGACCCGCCGGUGCAUCGACGUCGUCGAGCACGACUGCGACAGCGAGCGCGACGGCGAGCACGUCCGCCUCGUCCACCCUGCCGACCUUUUCCCUCCCGCUCUCGCUCCCCCUCUCGUCCUCGUCCGCCUACGACGACUCGGACGGCCAAGGCCACCCCUCUAUCCCCGUCCUCCUCGGCCAGGUCUUUGCCCCUCCCCCUCUCACGCCUGGCCUCCUCGCCCCCAUCCCGGGCAUCCCCAACCUCGGCGACGUCCUCCUCCGCCUCUCGUCGACCCCGUCCACCGACCCGACCUCGUCCACGUCGGCCGCGUUCGAGCCCGUCUUUGCGAGCGUCGAGCAGUGGAGCGUCCACGCCGCUCAGGAGCACGUCUCGUCGGCGCCGUCGGCGUCGCGCCCGGGCCUCCCGACCUCGCGCUCGUUCAACGACCGCGAGGUGGCCCACCUCGCGCAGCAGCUCAAGGGCUGGGCCCUCAGCGAGCAGAGCAAGCAGGUCGACCAGCGCGUCGUCGAGGCCAAGAGCGCCGCCGUCGUGCUCGCCGCACAGGCCCAGGCGGCGACGACGGCGGCCGGCGAGGCCGGUACGGCAGCGUCGACGAGCGCGGGCGCAGGAGGUGCGGCGGGUGCGGGCGCGGGCAUGGGCGCGAGCACGAGCGUCGCCGAGGCGGCCGAGCUCGGCGCGUACGCCGACCUGUACAAGAAGCAGCUCGACGCGCUCGCGAGCGGCUACUUUGCCCAGCUGCACCGCGACGCGCUCAAGCGCCUCACGGACGAGAAGACCGACUCGACGACGCCGUCGACGCCCACCCGGCCCUGGCUUCCGUCGUCGAGCGCUGCGGGCGGCGUCCCGGCGGCGGCGGCUGGUGCGGCGCUCGGCAGCCCGGGCCUGAGCUCGUCGCGCGCACCGACGCUCACGAGCCUUACGUCGCUCACGGGUGCGCGCUCGCAGGCCGAGGCGAUGCACGUGCGCGCGAGCGCGGCCGCGGCCGUCGCGGCGCAGGUGCUCGCCGCCAAGGAGCUCGCGCGGCACGCCGGCGAGAAGCUCGUCGGCAUGGGCGUCGACCCGAGGAGGGUCGUCGAGGAGGUCGAGGGCCUCGUCGAGGAGCAGAAGGGCUCGAGGAGGGGCAGCGUCGUCGCGGCCGAGAAGCUCGGCGUCAGCCUCGCGGCGGCGACGGCGAGUGCGGCAGCGGUCGGGCUCGUCGGCCCGACGACGUCGGCAGCGGCGGGCGCACCGGGCAUGCGGCGCAGCUCGACGACGGGCACGAGCGCGAGCAUGGGAGGGUCCGAGCCCAUGGCGGUGGAGGACGUCGGGCGGGUCCCCACCCCGUCGACGGCGGCCGGGCCGCACAGCUCGAUCCCGGCCGACUUUCACCACCAGCAGCAGCGCCCGGCACUGCCGUCGGUCCCGAGCGCGUCCCUCGCCGAGCUCUCGUCGCUCCCGCCGGCGCAGCAGCCGCACGCCGCACACGCCGCACACGCCGCCGCCCAUGCUCAGCAAGCGAGCGGCGUCCCUGUUCCCCCGCCUUCCCAGGCGCAGGCGCCCGAGCACCCGCACGGCGCCGUACCCGCCACCGUCCACGACCUCCCCGACCUCGCCGCCCUCGCGACGCCCGAGAAGCGCGACUACCUCCUGUCGUUCGCGCACCAGACCUACUCGACCGAGCCGCAGUCGCCCAACCUCCUUCCGCUCCUCCACACGCUCGAGGCCGUCCACCCGGACCACCUGCCGACCCUCCUCCUCAUCAGCUGCGUCUACUACACGCGCGGCGAGCUCGAGAGCAGCCUGUACUACAACAAGCGCCUCCUCGAGUUCGACCCGAGCUACGUCGAGGCGAUGAGCAACAUCGGGACGACCCUGCGCGCCAUGGGCAAGUGGCAGGAGGCCGAGGCGUGGUGGUGGAAAGCGAUCAAACUUCGCCCGACGUACUGGGACGCGACCGAGAACCUCCUGGGCGUCCUCUGCAACCCGAGCUCGACCGUGCAGUCCGCCGCGCCGGGUCAAGCCGCUCCGCCGACCGCCGCCCGGUACAAGGAGGCGCUCGCCCUGUGCGACUACGUCGAGUCGCAGAUCUUUGCCCAGCCGGCGUCGGCCGCCAACCCGGCCAUCCCGCCGACGCAAGAGGCGUUCCUCCGCCCGCUCGCCCACAUCCCGCGCCCGCGCACGCUUCCCGCCGCCAUCCCGUUCAACCACGUCCACCGCCUGCAGAACCUCCUGUACGCCAAGGGCAACUUGCGCCUCGCGCUCGCCGACGCGCCCGGCGCGCAGGACGAGUACGAGAAGGCGAUCGAGAUCGCGCUCUCGCUGCCCGAGUGGGCGAGGCGGCACGUCUCGACGGGCCUGCACUGGCCCGUCGCGGGCUGCACCGUGCGCGACCUCGUCGUCGCCGCCGUCGUCAUCGGGCGCAUCCUCGCCGCGUUCGCCGAGAGCGCCACGCUCGUGCCGCAGGUCGCGCGCGAGCUCGGCGUCGCCGACGAGCAGGGCGGCGUCCCGUUCGAGCGCCUCGUGCGCACCGUGCGCGACGGCGGCGACGCGUACGUGCGGCGGCUGUUGCACAUGGGCGGCGGCGUCCUCCCGACCGUCCUCCUCGAGCCGACUUUCCUCAACCAGCUCCCCGGCAUGCUCUUCUCCGAGACGCGGUCGACUCUUCCCGCCAUGUUCGACCCGGCCGUCGCCUCGAACCACGUUGCCGCCGACGACCCGUCGCGCAAGGGCAUCGUCCAGUCGACCAACCAGACGACGUCGACGAUGCUCCUCACGCUCGCCAAGAUCCUCCAGGACUCGCUCGCGCCGACGGCGGGCGCAGUCAAGCUCACGCUCGGCGGCGUGCCGGCGAGCCAGAGCCUCCUCCUCCCGCUGUACUACGUCGCGCUCGCGCUGUACCCGAGCCCGUCGACGUGCAACAACCUCGGCAUCCUCCUGUCGACGCUCAACGCGACGACGGUCAUCGGCUCGCAGGACCCGACGAGGCCGCAAACCGUGCUCACGGGCCAGCAACUCGCCCUGCGCUACUACGAGACGGGCCUCAAGCUCGACCCUCGGCACCCGCACCUGUACACCAACCUCGGCUCGCUGCUCAAGGACCUCGGCCAGCUCCCGCAAGCCGUCGGCAUGUACCGCCGCGCCGUCGAGUGCAACCCGUCGUUCGACGUCGCGCUCGCCAACCUCGCCAACGCCGUCAAGGACACGGGCGACGUCGAGGGCUCCAUCCCGUACUACCGCCGCGCCGUCGAGCUCAACCCCAAGUUCCCCGAGGCCGUGUGCGGGCUCGUCAACGCGCUCGGCGGCGUGUGCAACUGGCAAGGUCGCGGCGGCGUCGGCGAGGAGUGGCUCGUCGAUGGCGAGGGCCGGCUGCGCUUCGCCGCCAAGACGCCCGACGGCGCAACCGUCCGAGACGGCUACAUGCGCGACAUCUCGGACCUCGUGCGCAAGCAGCUCGUCGAGGGCUCGGCGUACGGCGUCGGCGCCCUGAGGUCGUACGGCGGCAUCAACGAGCUCCUCACGCUCGUCAGCCGGGCCCUGUGGGGCGUGUCGCCGGCCGAGGCGGGCGAGGCGGCGAUGAAGCCGUGGGUCGCCCGCUUCCAGUUCCUCCUCGGCGACUACGACCGGUCGGCGCACAACAUCAACGAGGGUGGGUACCUCGUGCGGCUCGUCGAGCGCCUCAUGCGCCGCAUCCAGCGUCGGUGGUACCUCGACACGUACGGCCGCACCCCGUACCUCCCCGUCGACAGCUCGCCGCCGCCGCGCAUCGCCCCGUCGCAGGCCGACGUCGACAAGUACCGUCGACCGCCUCUUCCGCCCUCGCUCCCGCCGAUGCCGGUCCCGACCGUCCUCCCCUUCCACUGCUUCACCCUUCCCGUCACGGCGCGCGAGACACGCCUCAUCUCGCACCGCACCGGCCUGCGCAUCUCGCACGCGACGCUCAACCAGCCCUGGAUGCCGCCCAUCGUCUACCCGCCGCCUCGUCCUCCUGUCGCGGGCAAAAUCAACAUCGGCUACGUCUCGUCCGACCUCGGCAACCACCCGCUGUCGCACCUCAUGCAGAGCGUGUUCGGGUACCACGACCUGUCGCGGUUCAACGUGUACGUGUACGCGACGUCGCCGAGCGACAAGUCGCCGUACCGCCUCAAGAUUGAGGCCGAGUCGCAGCACUUUGUCGACGUGUCGAGGUUGCCGACCGAGCAGAUCGUGCGCCGUAUCGUGCAGGACGAGAUCCACGUCCUCGUCAACCUGUCGGGCUACACCAAGGGCGCGAGGAACGAGGUGUUUGCCGCGAGGCCGGCGCCCGUCCAGGCGAGCUACAUGGGCUUUGCGUCGACGCUUGCCGCCGGGUGGUGCGACUACUUCAUCGUCGACCCGAUUGUUUGCCCGCCUCGUCUCAUCUCGGGCAACCAGUGGCGGUGGGUCGCAGGCUUUAACGAUUCCGAGGCGCCCGACACGAGCUACGUCGCUCCGCCGACCGAGUUCGAGGGCGACCCUGAUCCCGAGAGCGACAACGAGUCGUUCGUCUACACCGAGAAGCUCCUCUACCUUCCACACUCGUACUUCGUCACGGACCACAAGCAGGCCUGGCGCGAGGACGAGAGCGCCGGCGUCGUCCCUGGCGAGGCGCCGUUCCGGUCGUCGCUCCCGGCCGGCAGCCCCGAGGCGGCAUGGGCGGUCGAGGAGCACAAGCGGUGGCGCAUGCGCAAGCAGAUGUUCCCGCUCAUCCGCGACGACACGAUCAUCUUUGCCAACUGGAACCAGCUGUACAAGAUUGACCCGUUCAUCUUCCGCAUCUGGCUCUCGAUCCUGUCUCGCCACCCGAACUCGAUCCUGUGGCUCCUGCGCUUCCCUGCGCCGGGCGAGGCGCACCUCAAGGAGACGGCCGUGCGGUGGGCCGGGCAGGAGGUCGCCGACCGCGUCGUCUUUACCGACGUCGCCAACAAGAACGAGCACGUCAUGAGGGGCCGCAUCGCCGACCUGUUCCUCGACACCACCGAGUGCAACGCCCACACGACGGCCGCCGACAUCUUGUGGUCCGGCACGCCCAUCCUCACGUUCCCUCGACACGAGCACAAGAUGUGCUCGCGCGUCGCCGCCUCGAUUGCCGUCGCGACCGGGCUCGGCUCGCAGAUGAUCGUCGACAGUGCCGAGGCGUACGAGCAGCGCGCCCUGUCCCUUGCGGCCGGGUUGAGCUACGAGAUGGUGCCGGCGCACGUGGGUGCGGCUGCGGGCACGAUCGAGGGCGGCGAGCAGAGGAGGGCGAGGGGCGAGUUGGCCGACAUGAGGAGGAGGCUGUUCCUCGAGCGAGAGCAAUCGCCGCUCUUUGACACGCGCAGGUGGACGCGCAACCUCGAGAAGGGCAUCGUCGAAGCCUGGGAGCGCUACGUGUCGGGCGCCGAGCUCGAGGACGACCCGCACUGGGCGUCGAGCGUCGGUCGGACGCUCGCCAACAUCUGGGUCGCCGACGACGUCGACUCGCACAAUGUCGAGGCGCGCACGCCCUACUUCCAGUAGCCUGCCCCCUCUCUCUCUUCCCGUACGCGCUUUGUCCAUAGAUCGAUAUCCUGCGCGUUCGAGUUCACGCCCCGUUCGCUCGACCGGCGAAGAGGUCGUGGUCCCUCCCUCCCUUUCCUCCCGUCGUCGCUCCCUCCUCCCACUCGCAACCCGCAUGCCGUACCUCUUCA